GGACUCAUACUCUCGCGAGAUUUCCAGAUGUCAGGCAGCAGUGUAUCCGCUGUUGGAUUGGAUGUUGGGUUGGCGGUCUAGAUGGUCGGCGGUGGUCCUCAUCCUCGGGUCUGUGUGAGUUCCCUGAAUUUCCGGUUUCUCCUCCAAGCAGCGCUGGAUAUACAAGAUGUCCAAAAGAAAAAGCAGCUCUGUCAAUGACCGGUCCAGCAAACGGAGAAAGCGUGUGGAAGAGGAGGAGGAGGAGGAGGAGGAUCAGCGUCCUGUCAGUGACCUAGACGAUCUUCUUCGGAAUAAUCAGUUGCAGAGUGUGGGCGAUGUGGUGAGUGAUGCAGGGAUCGUGGAAAGUAUCACACUGAAAAACUUCAUGUGCCACUCGCUCCUCGGACCCUUUACGUUUGGUCCCAAUGUCAACUUUGUCGUUGGCAACAAUGGAAGUGGGAAGAGUGCAGUUUUGACAGCUCUCAUCGUUUCUUUGGGUGGAAAUGCACAUGCCACAAACAGGGGUUCAUCUCUUAAGGGUUUUGUGAAACAAGGAGAAAGUUCAGCGGACGUGUCCAUCACUCUGCGCAAUAUUGGAAAGGAUGCGUACAAACCGGAUGUGUACGGUUCGUCUAUCACGGUGGACCUGAAGAUCACCCGUGAGGGCCUGAGGACCUAUAAACUGAGAAGCAAAUCAGGCCAAAUCAUCUCCACUAAGAAAGAAGAGCUACUUUCCAUCUUGGAUAAUUUUAAUAUUCAGGUCAACAACCCUGUGUCCGUUCUCACGCAGGAGAUGAGUAAAUACUUCCUGCAUUCCAAAGGAGAAGGGGAGAAGUAUAAGUUUUUCAUGAAAGCCACUCAGCUGGAGCAGAUGAAGGAGGACUUUGUCUACAUCAAAACCACCAAGCACAUCACAGAGGACAAAGUUGGCCAACACAAUGAGUGCCUGAAGGAGCUUAAACGUAAGUGCCAGGAGAAAGAGGAGUGUUACAGGAGCAUGGCGUCGCUGGACAGCCUGCGCUCCAAAAAGGAGGAGUUACAGAAACAGAUGGCUUGGGCCUUGGUGAAUGAAAUGGAGAAGGACCUGGAGCCGGUCAAGGAAAAGCUGGAGGUCAACAAGCGUUCCACCGUGAAAUAUGACGAGAAAGUCAGGGAAUGGAAGAAUAAGGUGGAAGAAGCUGAGGAGAAGUACAAGCAGAUUCAGGAAAAGUUGGAGGGGAUCACCCAGCAGGUCCAGGACCUGCAGCCCAAAUGUGCCGAGCUGAAAGUGGAAGCCCAGAAGUGGAACACGCUCGUCAAGUCCAGCGAGGUCACUGCACACAGAUGCAAAACUAACCUCCGGGAUCUGGAGAAGGACAAAGCUCAGCUGUCCACACGGAUCAAAGAUCUCAAGCUGAGCAUCAGUCAGACGUCGGGAGCCGAGAGCCAGGCCAGGGAGGAGCGUGUCGAGCAGAUUCAGACCAAUCUGGAGAACCUGAACCAUCAGAUCGCCACUCUGGGACAGCAGAUCGAACAGUACGAGCUGGCCAGCAGCCGUGCCAAAGAAGAGCAAGGCAAAAUGAGGAAAGAGCAGGAAUUUCUGAUGAGGUCUAUUGAAGUCAACAGAAGAAACUUGAGGACUCUGGAGAGCAGCCGCUCCAAUCGGCUGCGGCGCUUCGGAGAGCACAUGCCCGGACUGCUCAGUGCCAUUGAGGACGCGUACAAAAAAGGCCAAUUCAAACAGAAACCCCGAGGACCUUUAGGUUUCCUCAUCAGCCUGAAAGACCCGGAGCUGGCCCUGGCAGUGGAAGUGUGCCUGAAAGGUCAGCUGCAGGCCUUCACCUGCGACAACCACGACGACGAGCGGCUGCUGCAGACCCUGAUGGCCAGAGCGAUGCCAAACAGCCGCCGGCCGGUCAUCAUCACCAGCCAGUUCCUCCCGCGUGUCCACGACACGCGCAAGAGGGCUGUGAAUCACCCUGAUUACCCCUCCGUGCUUCAAGCGCUGGAAAUCGAGGACCCUGUCGUGGCCAACUGCCUGAUCGACCAGAAGGGCAUCGAGAGCAUUUUGCUCAUCAAGAAUCGCACAGAGGCUCGCAGAGUGAUGCAGGGAAGAAAUCCCCCCAAGAACUGCAACCAGGCCUUCUCCAAGGACGGAGAUCAGAUUUUCACCAACCGGAACUACACGGCGGACCAAACCAGAGCCAACUACCUCUCCGGAGACGUGGAGGAAGAGAUCAGGCAUGUGCAGAGGGAGAUGGAGAACCAGGAAGCUCAGGAAAAUCGCUUCAAGCAGCAGAUGACCAAGCUGAAUGAAAACAUCAAACAGAACGAAGCGCUGUUGAGAAAAGCCCACGUGGAGCAGAAGACCACCAAAAACAAAGUCACGAAUCUGGAGCUGGAGCUGACAGACCUCCAGAACAUGGAGGAGCCUCAGUCAGAGGACCUCAAGCCUCUGGAGGAGGAGCUCCAGGAGAUCGUCUCCAAGAUGGCGUCCAAGCGGGCGGAGCUUGAGGAGGCCCACACCAAGAUGGUCGACCUCAAGUCCUCGUAUGAAAAGGCAGAUCAGGAGUACAAGCAGCACAAAGAGCACAUCAACACCAUCGCAGAGGAGGCGGAGUCCGUGAAGGAAGAUCUCAGUAAAGCAGACCAGGACGUGAUGAAGUGCAAACAUCACAAGAAACACUACGACGAGAAGCGUGGCACCCACCUUCAGGGCAUUCACGCUCUGGAGGACGAGCUGAAGAAGAAGGAGGAGGAGCUCCAGGCGUCAGUAGCCAAGGCCACGGAGAUCAGUCCAGAGAGACUCGAUGUCCGCCGGACGGCUCGGAGUCUGGACAGCGAGAUCAACCGCCUCGAGGCGAAGAUCAACGCCCAGCAGGAGCAGCAGGGCGACCCCGUGGAGGUGGCCAGGCAGUACCACGAGGCUCUGGAGAGCUACAAGAACAUGGCGCAGCAGAUGAAGAACCUCAACAGCUUCAUCAAAAGCCUGGACAACGUUAUGACCCUGAGACUUCAGGUUUUCACCGACCUCAGGAGGUUUCUCUCAGCCCGCUGCAAAUACUACUUUGACAGCAUGCUGUCUCAGAGAGGCUACAGUGGAAAAAUGAAAUUUGACCACACGGGUGAGACGCUCGCCAUCUCGGUUCAGCCGGGCCAAGGAAACAAGGCCGACCGGAACGACAUGCUGUCUCUGUCUGGCGGCGAGCGCUCCUUCUCCACCGUGUGCUUCGUCCUCUCCCUCUGGGCCAUCACCGAGUCGCCUUUCCGCUGUCUGGACGAGUUCGAUGUCUACAUGGACAUGGUGAACAGGAGGAUCUCCAUGGACAUGAUGCUGAAGGUGGCUGCUGGUCAGCGCUACAGGCAGUUUGUUUUCCUCACCCCACAAAACAUGAGUUCUCUCCCAGAGAGCAGUCUCAUCCGCAUCCUCCGGCUCAAAGAUCCAGACCGAAGCCAAAACAACUCGCAGAGGAAUGAAGAGGAGCAGUAACGAGGCGAGUUCGUUGUAACUUCACAGUGACCCUGAAAGCCUGCGUUUAGUGAUCACGUUUCGUUCUUCACUGCUGUUUCGGGCACAGGCGGUUUGUUUUUGUUUUUGCACAGUUCUGUCAUAUAAUGAAAAAUUCAGGCAAUAAAGUGUUCCUGCCUUGUAAAGGAGCUUCUGAACCGGGAAGAAAAACUGUAUCUGUAUUUACUUUCAAUCCUAUGGGAUAGUUUGCCUCGAGCUUUGUGAGCAGUAGAUUUUCAGUAAAACAAUCCAUCCUGGUGAACUUGCAGUCUUGGUCUUUUGUGGUUUGGACAUCCAGGAGAGCGAGGGAAGCAUGUUUUUGUGACUUCUCUUUGUUUAGAUUUCUGAAUCUGAUCUUCGGCUGGGGGGGAAAGCUUGGGAAUAAGAGCCCAGUAAAAAUAACAUUACAUUUGUUUCUGUUGUAUUAUUGUUAAAUGUUAAAUUUGAUCUUUCAUUAAACAU